GGCAGUCUCUCUCCACGGCGUUCAUUAGCUUUCACCGUGUCUGGAGGACAUAAAACAGACAUGUUUUAACCUGGAACUCUUUUUAUUUGUGUUUAGUUUAUAGUUGUGCGUGGUUUAAGUUGCCAUUUUGUUUUUUUUAACCGUUUUCUGGCCGGACUACUCCUCCAACCGUUGGUUAGAACUUCAACGGUUAGAACUUAGAACGUUCUGCGAGACACUCCAACCGUUUUUUUUUUUUUAAAAAAAAAGCUGUCAACUGACAAGAACAACGUUUGGCCACCCCCGUCGUCAUGGAGAGGCGUGACGGUCACUCGGCAACGCCGGAGUAUCCACACCCGUUCAUCCACGAGUUGAAGCUGACCAAUGCACAGAGGAUCAGGGGCAUCAUCCAGGGCAUCGUCCUCUUCCCCAUCCGCGUCCCCCUUUCGGCCCUCUGCUUCCUCAUCAUGUGGCCCCUCGCCCGGCUACGAUUCGCCGGCCUGUCCGAGGAGGAGCGCUCCAAGCCGGUCCAGGGCUGGAGGCUCUGGGUCCUCCACCCCAUCAUGCGGUGGCUGAGCCGAUUCGCCUUCUUCUUCCUGGGUUUCCUGUGGGUGGAGGUCAAAGGUCGCAGGGCGGACCUGAAGGAGGCCCCGGUGCUGGUGGUGGCGCCUCACAGCACCUUCAUGGACAUGGUGGUUCUGGUGCCGACCCAGCUGGCGACGGUGGUGUCGCGGUCGGAGAACACAAGCCUGCCGGUCGUAGGAGCUCUGCUGGAGUUCAACCAGUCUGUGCUGGUGAGCAGGAAGGAUCCAGAGUCGAGGAGGAAGGCAGUCGCCCAGGUCACAGAGAGGCUGACCUCCAACGGAUACUGGCCUCAGAUGCUGAUGUUUCCUGAGGGAACGACAACCAACGGCAGCGUUCUCAUCAAAUUUAAACCUGGUGCCUUCCUCCCCGGACUUCCGGUCCAACCUGUUCUGUUGCGCUACCCCAACAAGCUGGAUACUGUUCGCUGGACAUACAAAGGAACAAGCUGGAUUGAGUCACUGUGGCACACAACUUCUCAGUUCUACACCAACGUGACUGUUGAGUUCCUUCCAGUUUACAAACCGUCCCAGGAGGAGAAGAAUGACCCCAACCUGUACGCAGACAAUGUUCAGAAACUCAUGGCCAAGGCCCUUGGACUCCCGUCUACAGAUUAUGUGAUGGAGGGCCGAGUUCCUGUCAAUAAGCUGGGUGGUCUCUCUCUCCCUCUGGAGUCUCCUGCCAAAGAAACACUCAAGCUGCUGCGCAGAAACGGUCUGGGAGCACAUGAAGUGGAGGCAGCACUGGACAGAAUGAUUGACAGGUGUCAGUCAGGAGCUCAGGGGUCAAAGGCCAGCGCAGAGGAGCUCGCCUCUAUCCUCGGGCUGACGGAUACGCAGACCGCCGUCACUAUCUGUGACAUUUACUCCAAGGAUGAAAAUGUUGACCUCAGGCCGCUCUAUUUGACUGUUGCCGCUCUGUCAGGAUUGGUCAGCUUCAAGUCACUGCUUCACACAGCGUUCACUCUGUUUGACGGAGAGUGCAGAGGCAGUCUGAGUGCAGAGGAGCUGUCUGACCUCAUGGGGGCGCUGCUGGGUUUUCCUCAGCGACACACUGCUGAGCUUUACACACAGGCCUCCAGUCAAGGACCGCUCACAGCAGAAAAUCUGCUGCGAGUGCUGACGACCCACCCGACCUAUCAGAGGGUGGCGAACGAGUACAUGCGGCCCGAGGAGGCGGGCUCCCAGCUGGUCGAUGGGAAGGCCGUGAACAACAACAGAAACGUGUACGACGGCAACGGAUCCCUCCACCACAACAAAAAGUUUGAAUAAGGAAGAAAAUUUGAUUCCUCUUUUUUUACAGGACCUUAAAUCAAGUUUGUCUUAUGAACGCAACAGGACAUAUUGAACCAGAAUAAUGGUCGACAAAAGGAUUGUAUUUUUAAAGUGUGUGUGUGUGUGUGUAUAGAUAUAUUUUAAAAUCUUUAUUAGUGUACAGUCAACCAUGCCAACAUUAGAAAAACCAAAGAAUGACUUAAAUUAUGAUACUUGUUGCUCUGAUGUGUGAAUGUGUGUAUUUUAUAUAUUUGAAGCCUUGAAGUUUUCCAGUGCACAUUUUUUUUAAUUGCACAAAAGAAAACCUCUUCAUGUGUUGUUCCAGAUGCUGUUAAAAGACUCCAUUACCUUUUUACAUAAAGUGUCAUAUUUAUAUAAUUCCCUCUUUUGUAUGUUUUUUUUUUUUUUGUUUUUUUUUCAACGGGACAAUGGUAUGUGCAAAAAGAAACUCUGUAAAAUCAAAAAGUUUAUUUUUACGUAAAUGAAUUCUUACAUUUUUG